AUGGUAAGAUUUAAUAAAAUUAAAAGUAAACAAGAACAAUUACCCAAAGAGAUACUACCAGCCAAAGUAAUUAGUUGCCAAAUAAAAGAGGGAAAAUUAAUAACUCAAUUAGAGGACGGGAGAGAAGUUAGUAUUUUGGUAUCUCUACUUGCUGAACGGAGUAUUUUAGAUAAAAAUGUUAAACCCGAACAAUUAGAAAAGUUCUUCCCAUAUGAACCCGAAGAGGGAGUGUUUUAUGGCAAGUUCUUCGGUCAAGCCAACACCGACAUUAUUAGAAAUAGCCAACAGCACGAAAUUAUUAUCUUUAUCGGCAAAGUCUUAAAAGAUAAGAACCUUUUUAAGCAAGAAAGCAAAACCGAACACAGUAAAGAAAAUGAAAAAAUAAAAACUAAUCCCCAACAUACUGACUUCAUAAAUAUUCCUUACACCCAAGGAGAGGAUAUGUUAUCGGAUACUUACGGCCGAGCCCAAUUAUUAAAACAGCAACAAAGACAAUUAAAAACUAUUGAAAAAGAAAUCACCAAAGGACGACGAAUAGCCAAUGAGGACG